AUGACCGCCGUGGAAGUGAUCGAGGCCAGCAUCAAUGGAAUCAAGAAUGCGGUUGUGGAAGGUGUUGAAUCCCAACCGGACGAGACUGUCAAGUCUGCGAUAGACGAGGCUGUUGCCAACUGCCUGGAGGACAUCCGAGCCAUAUACGACAACCCGGAGCUCUGCUAUGAAGAGGUGAUCGCGCAUGAUACAAUAGUCGCAUUUCUCAAGUCACAGGGGCACGAGGUCGUUGAGCACGCAUACGGUAUCAGUACCAGUUUCGAGAGCUCAUUUUCCCAUGGGACCGGCGGACGCGAAGUCGUUUUCAACGCCGAGUACGAUGCGCUCCCCGACAUCGGCCAUGCCUGUGGGCACAACCUCAUCGCCGUAAGCGCAAUCGUCGCCUAUGUGUCUCUGUGUGCGGCGCUGAAAGCUACCGGCGCGGCAGGCCGGGCUCGUCUUCUCGGCACGCCAGCCGAGGAGGGCGGCGCGGGCAAGACCAAGCUCCUAAACGCGGGCGCUUACAAAGGGGCGGAUGUAUGCUUGAUGGCGCAUCCGGGACCGGAGAAGUCGCACGGGGCCGGGAAUACGGGUACAGCUGGAUGGCCAACUAUUUCUCGCGUAGCAGUCGUGGCAAAGUUCUACGGGAAGCCGGCGCACGCAGGAGGCAACCCCUGGGAUGGGAUCAACGCGCUCGACGCCGUCGUGUCUGCGUAUAACAACGUCUCUAUGUUGAGGCAGCAAAUACGCCCCGAACAGAGGAUCCAUAUCUGUCUGCAAGACGUUCCAAAAGUCGGAAACGUGAUUCCGCCUUACACCCAGGUUCAGUUCAGCGUUCGAAGCCCGACUUUCAAUGGCGCAAAAUUCCUCCUGGAACGCGUCAUUGAUUGCGCAAAGGGCGGCGCUCUGGCGACGGGAUGCAAGGUUGAGUUUGAAGAAGAGCUGCCGUAUCUUGAUACCCGGCUCAACCACACUCUCGACAGGAGAUACACAAAAAUCAUGUCGUACUACGGCGAGUCGAUCCGGUAUGAAACGCCAGAGCCCAUGAGCGCAAGUACAGACAUGGGCAAUGUUACCUAUCAGCUUCCCGGUAUUCACGCCUUCUUCGGGAUUCCUUGUCCCGACAAUGUAAGCGGACACCACCCAAGCUUCACGGCGGCAGCAGGAACAAAGGAAGCAUUUGACAGCGCAGUAAGAUGUGGCAAGGGUCUUGCAUUGACGGGCUGGGAAGUUAUCACAGACCACAAGAUCCAUGAAGCUGUGCUUGCAGACUUUGAGGAAGACAGAAAGGCGAGGGUCAAGCCCUUGCACGGAUACAAGAUGGCUUCCGACGGUCGCAAACAGCCACCAUGGACACCCCCAACGGCCCAGCCAGACACCCAACUGCCCCAGCUGAAGAUCUACAACAGUCUCACCAGAACCAAGAAUGACUUCGUCCCAGUCGAUCCGGCGGGGAAAGUGGUGACGUGGUACGCCUGCGGGCCGACAGUGUACGAGGAUGCCCACCUGGGCCACGCGAAGAACUACGUCUCGACCGACAUCAUCCGCCGCAUCAUGAAGGACUACUUUGGCUUUCGUGUCAAACUUGUCAUGAACACGACCGACAUUGACGACAAGAUCAUCCUUCGGGCCCGCCAGCAGCACCUUCUUCACCUCUUCAAACAGGAGCACGCUACCGAGGACGACUCGGUGAGCGAUGCGGUUCUAGCACAAGCCAAAGCCGCUUUUCAGCACUACAUCGGCAAGAAUCUUCCGUCUCUGCCUCCGGGUACGAGCCCAGAGGGUUUCUCCGAAGCGGUGAACAAAGCAUACAAGGAUGUGGCCGAGCCGCCUCCUCCUCUGACGGAGGGCGAGACCGAAAAACACGACCAAGGUCACAGUCAACCUCCCACCAUCACCGAGCUGCUAUUGAGAGCGCAUAUUGGGACGGCACAGCUGGCUGUCGAGGCCCUUCAAGCCCCAGGAAACCUGUCCUCAUUCUUCGCCAAGACGGACGAUAUUGUGCUCCCAUAUCUCGAUCUUCUGCACGGCGCAGAGAUGGACCCCAGCUACCACGAGAUUUACAUGAAACUCUCGCAGAAGUUCGAACGCCGUUUCUUCGAGGACAUGGAUGCGCUGAAUGUCCUGCAUCCGGACCAACUGACGAGGGUGACUGAAUACGUCCCUCAGAUCAUACGCUUCAUCCGCAAGAUCAUCGCCAACGGCUUCGGCUAUGCGACCCCGGAUGGCUCUGUGUAUUUUGAUAUCGACUCGUUUGAGAAAGCCGGGCAUCAGUAUUCUCGCCUGGAACCAUGGAACAAGAAUGACCGUAUCCUUCAGGCGGACGGCGAGGGUUCUUUGUCCAAAGGACAGUCCAUGAAGCGCAGCGAGAAUCAUUUUGCGCUUUGGAAAGCAAGCAAGCCAGGCGAGCCGGCUUGGCCGAGCCCGUGGGGUCAUGGGCGACCAGGAUGGCACAUUGAAUGCUCGGCCAUGGCCUCCGAAGUGAUCGGAGAGACAAUGGACAUCCACUCUGGAGGCAUCGAUCUUCGCUUUCCCCAUCAUGAUAACGAGCUUGCACAAUCAGAGGCGUACUGGUCUACUCCGGGCUGCCCAGUGCAGUGGACAAAUUACUUCAUUCACAUGGGCCAACUGAGAAUCCGAGGAUUGAAAAUGAGCAAGAGUCUGAAGAACUACACAACUGUUCGAGAUGUGCUCUCCGGGAAGGAGUGGAGUGCACGAUCUCUCCGGAUCUGCUUCCUCCUCAUGCCUUGGCAAGAUGGUAUCGAGGUCACAGACGAGCUGAUGAAGUCCGUGACCAGCUGGGAAGACAAGCUUAAUAACUUCUUUCUCAAGAGCCUCGACGUUUGGAAACACUACAAGCCUGAGACUGCUGCAAACGCUCUUGGAGCGGCAGACCAGGAUUUACAAUCCUCCCUGGAAGAGGCGAAAGCCGGUGUCGAUGCAGCACUCUGCGAUUCCUUCAAUACCUCGGCCGUCAUGAGAAUCAUCUCUGGUCUUGUCACCGAGACCAACUCCGCAGAGACACUGUCAGAUCGCACCCUUAUCAUGAUUUCCCGCUGGGUUACGCGGAUUGUCACAAUCUUUGGUCUGGACGCCGAAGGAGAUCUCGGCAACCAGGAUCGCAUAGCAUGGUCGGGUCUUGACAUCCCCGCGCCGGCAAAGCCCUACAUCUACCCUGCAUCUAGGCUGCGCGACCAAGUGCGGACAUUGGCUUGCUCUGAGUUGGUAGACCAUGACACUCUAUCGAAGCUCGCCGACGAAGUCACGACUGGCGCCUCAACAGCAGCUCGUGAGACUGCGAAGCCGUACAACGAGGUACUGCAGCAGUUCCGCACCGACAUCAAGGCUCUCGCAGCACAGCAAGCAUCGGCAAAAGACCUGCUCGCCUUGUGCGACCAGCUCCGCGAUGUACACCUUUGGAACCUCGGCAUCUGUCUUGAGGACCGCACCAAUCCUCACGACCCCAGCCCGCAGCCUGCUUUAGUGCGGCCACUAGACGCGUCUCUCAUAGAGGCACGCGCGGAACGGGAGUCGGCAAGUACCGCGAAGGCAAAGGCCAAGCUAGAACAGGCAGCCAGAGAAGCGGAGAGGGAGCGAGAGCAGCUUGAGCGCUCUAAGGUCGAUCCGAAGAUGCUGUUCAGAACUAAUGGUGAGUACUCGGAGUGGGACGAAGAUGGCAUACCCACCGUAGACGCGGCAGGGAAUGAGAUAUCCAAGAGCAAGCGCAAGAAGCUGGUCAAAGAGUGGGAAAAGCACAAGCAGGGGCACGAGAAAUGGCUCGCAACGCAGCGGGACACUUAG